CAGCAGGACGCGGUGGCGGCAGGGACGCGUCGUGACACACCGAGGCAUGGCAGGCACGAGGCUGCGGCAGCUGAUCUGGCGUCACUGCCGCAGCCUUGCUCUGGCCCUAAUCCCCCCACUCUGUUGAUGCUGCACAGCCCCGAGCGCCGGGCACGGGGCUCUGCCCACCCUGCCCAGCACCCCUGUCAUUAGCUCUCUUUACGAGCUGACAACAGAGGCACCACAGCUGGCCCAGGGCCAGCAGCAGUUCCGCCUGCUCCGCUCCCUCCCAAAGGCCACCGUGUCCCAACCGCCCUGAGGCAUGGAUGGGGCCCUGCUGGGCACACCUCAGCACCAUCCCUCAGCACUGGCCACCUCCGUGCCCCCGCCUGGCAUGGCGUCGCUGGGGCUCCCCGACCCAGUGCCCUGCGAGGAGCAGGGCAGGCUCUGCUGUGGCGGGCACAGGGCAGGUGGUGCUGGGGCUCGGCGCAGCCCUGGGCCGGCAGUGCUGAGCUGGGCACCAGGGUCCUGUGUGACAGGUGGAGGUGCAGAGAGCAGAUGCAGGGUAGGAAGGGCGCCAGGACGCCCCCAGGUGCCUGGGCACAGGGCCUGAGCUAGGUCCCUCCUGGGCUCUCUCGGGCACUCCCAGCACUGUGCCAGGAGAUGCCAGCUGAGCGCCCACGGGCAGCCAGCCUGCACGUGGCCACACUGCCCACUGGCACGCUGCACACUGCUGCUUCGGGGCCUGAAGCUGGGAUGCUGCUGAGGUGACCUGCUUGGGCCCAGAGAGCUUCUGCAAGAGGCCUGGGAUUGCUGUGUGUAAGCAGAGUGAGGGAUUAGGGCAGAGCAGCCUGGCUUGGUGCCGCCAGUUCAGCCCCAGCUGCACCUUGUCUGCCUUGUAAAGAUCUGGCAGCUGCUGUCCCUCCCAUCACACCUUUCCUCUCCAGGGCACCUCUGCUCCCCAGCUGCCCAGGGAGAAGGCAUCCAUUAGUCUUGCAUCACACACAAUCAGGGCCAUGAUGCUCGUUUGCUUGUUUGGGCGAUUAGCUGGGGCUGGGGCUGGUGCCACCACCCCUUGGCCGCUGCCCCGGGCGCUCUCUGCCGGUAUAAAGGAGCCCAGAGCUCCUCGGCCUCCAUCAGCUUCCUCCGCUCCACUCUCCUCAGCUCCUGGUCCCUGCCUGCCUGCCUGCCUGCCUGCAAGAUGUCCUGCUCCAGCCUGUGUGCUCCCUGCGGGGUGGCCGCCCCGGCCCCGCUGGCCGACACCUGCAACGAGCCCUGCGUGCGGCAGUGCCCUGACUCCACGGUGCUGAUCCAGCCCCCGGCCACGGUGGUCACCUUCCCCGGGCCCAUCAUGAGCAACUUCCCCCAGUACAGCGCCGUGGGCUCGGCAGGAGCCCCUGGGGUUGGGGGAGGCUACGGUGGCACUUUUGGGGGCUAUGGAGGCUAUGGUGGCUCCUGGGGCUAUGGAGGCCUUGGUGGCUAUGGAGGUUAUGGAGGCCUUGGUGGCUACUGGGGCUAUGGAGGCCUUGGUGGCUAUGGAGGGUACGGAGGCUUUGGUGGCUGUGGGGGCUAUGGAGGCUAUGGAGGCUUCGGGGGCUACGGCUAUGGGGGCUGGCGCCGAGGCCACCGCUACCUGAAUGGCAACUGUGGGCCCUGCUGAGCCCCACGCUGCUGCCAGCCAUGGAUGAAGACCUCCAGAGAUGCCCCUGGCACAUCCCAGCUCGACCCCCCAAGGAAGGAUCCCCUGCAGCACUGCCCUGCUCUAGAGCCUGGACCCUCCAUUUCCUGUGCGGUCACAGCUCUGCUUUCCUCCUGCUCCGCUGAUUGUCCUUUGCUGACAGAGACCUGCCCUGGCUGCCUGCCCCUGUGGCACAGCUCAGACUCACCCUCACCCUGUCCCCUGCCUGCAGAUGUAAGCUAGCCCCAGCCAGGGCCUUGCUCUUCUCCCCCCACCCUGCUCUGACCCUGCAAUAAAUCUGUCUGCACCGCA